GCAAUGCACCUGUACAUGCGAGAUCUGGAAGAGGCCCAAGAAGAUUUAAAAAUGGACCCUCUGCACACACCACCGAUGGAGCGACGGUCGCGAGUGAGCCGUCCCAAGGUACGCACUGGCUGUGUGACCUGCAAGGCCCGGCGUAAGAAAUGUGACGAGGCUCGCCCGCAUUGUCGCACCUGUGCCAACGCAGGGCGCGAGUGCGGCGGCUAUCAGGAGACCAUCGAUCGAAGGACUCGAGCCUGGAAAACCACCAAAGCCACCGUUGACGUCCCUUGCAAGAUAGAGAUCGAAGUUCAGCAGAAUGAACUCACUGUGGCGAAGGAAUGCGGUGCCUGGAUUUCCCGCCUGUUAGUCGAUCCGAGCCAGACCGAUUUGUCGCUGUCCGAACGUUGGUAUCUGGGUUUCUUUCGCACCAGCACGGCUGCACAAUGCUCCGGCUACUUUCCGCUCGAAUUUUGGCAUCGAAUGGUUCAUCAGGUCAGUGAGGAGGAGCCGGCUGUUCGCCAUGCGACCAUUGCCAUUAGUGCCCUCCAUCGAAGUUUCAGCACCACACAGUCUCCGCAGAAUCCGGGAAAUCAGAUUGAUCCUCACUUGUUCCCUCUUCGGCAAUGUAACAAGGCUAUUACUUCUUUGCAGCAGAGGCUACAGAGUGUCGGCUGCCGGCAGAAUUCCCAUGUGCUUAUUACGUUGAUUACUUGCGUUCUUUUCGUCUCAUUUGCAUUCCUCCAAGGAGACACCGACGCAGCCAGUUGUCACCUACGGCAUGGCACCCGUCUCCUCCAGGAGACAUAUUUAAGCAAUACUAAAAAGGGAUUGGUGGAGUAUAGGCCAGCGUUAACGGAUGUGUUCUACCAUUUAGAGCUGCACUGGGCGAGUCUCCGGGAGCCUGAGGCAGCCACCUUGCAACAUGAGCACUCCAUCGUUCAUUCUAUGGCUCUCGGCAACCCGGUUUGGCGCAAGCCUGUAUAUUCCCUCAGGGACGCAUGUAACCUCUUAAUUGGUCUUGCGUGGCUCGUCUGCGAGAACGAUCCUGAGAACAGUAAGAUGGCCCUUGCUCGGGAGAUCCUCGAUGAGCACCAAGACGCGAUUUUGCAGAAGCUCCAGCUUUGGAAAACAGAAUUAACAGCAUCGCUCACUCUCCAGAAAGCUGUAUUGUCAUCAAGAGACCGUCAUACACUCGCGGCCCUCGACUUAUGGACCGAGAUCAUCUGCAUCCGAGUCUCGACAGAUAGUAGGCAGGAUGAGGGAGAAAGCAGGUUUGACUCCUUCACACCAAACUUCCAGCGUGUGGUCCAGCUCGCCAAUUCUGUCCUCUCUUCCGACUUCAGCCAGACCCCCAUACCAACAUUCUCCGUCGGAAUGGGUAUGAUCCCGCCCCUUUACCUUUGUGCGUUCCGGUGCCGCGAUUGGCAUAUUCGGAGAGAAGCGGUGCGGCUAUUGCAGAGAUGGCAACUUCAAGAGGGGGCCUGGACAAGCUCUGGAACUGCUUUUGUUGUGAGUCGGAUGAUUGCUAUUGAAUCGGAGGGUCUUACACCGGGCGAACUGGUUCCUGAGCGUGCGCGUAUAUGUGCAAUGCGUGCGGGUGCCUUGUCUGACGGGUCCGGAAUCCGGUUGUGGUAUCGUCGAUCUCAGGGUGGUAGCUCAACGCAAAAUGACAGUAAGCGCGAUCCCUGGGAGUCGGAAAUACUCCCCUUCUGAUGGUACAGGUGGAUCAAAUCACAGUAUUAAAGGAAAGAUUGGGGUUUUCGUUGAUGAGAUAGUGAGCAUAACAACGGACGACACACGGAAACACACACCUCAAAUAGGUAUGGCAUGAAAUUCAUCAUUGAAAACACUCAUGAGAGCGUUGAGGCGAUGAGAAUAUCAUUUUCGCCAUAGCUCACGACAGUCCGCUAUGUCUCCCCUGCUAACCCCAGGUGGUCUUCUGCUACGGACAAUGGCAUUACAUACCCACUUUGGGUUGAUAUUCGACUUCCUAGUGGGUCUAUGACAUCCGUCGAAGUUAAUCUCUUCUGUCACCCUUCACGAUAAAGGCUGAAUGGGGAAAUCGUGACGAGUUUAUCCCCAAUGACAUUGUCCUAACAGUGUUCUGGUGUGGAGCCGACAU